UUAUACGGGUUCAUGUCCUUUUGUAGUCUUUAUUUAGUUCCCUCAAAAAGAAAAUAUAACAAAGAUGGUAGGUUUCAUAUGGGUAAGGCAUGUUCAUUUGGUUGCUCAAUUUAAUUAUUAUGGUUUUGGUUUGGGUUUUCGAAGAGUAUAAAACGAGAGGAAUGGACAGGACUUAAUUUGAGAAAAGUCUUGAUGGAGAUAUUGGUGAAAAUGUCAAGCUUUGUGGUGUUCUUGUUAGUUUUUGGUGUUGUGUUGUUGCUGUUGAGUUCAAGCUCUGUUCACGGACUGCGAUAUAGACCCGUGAGGAGAGUCUUUAAUAGUACUGAUCAAUCUUCCGUUUUGGGUUCCAACAAAAUGUUUGAAAGUGGAUAUAACAAAGCACGAAGAGUGCAAGAAGGUAAUGUAGAUGGAGACUGUGGAGGUUGUAGCGGUGGAGAAGGAAGCUGUGGAGGUUGUAAUGGAUCAGGAGGAAGUCGGGGAGAUGGCGGAAGAGGAGGUGGUGGAGGAGGAGGAGGCCGCGGAAGAAGAAAUGGCAAAGGACAAGGUGACGACGGUGGAAAAGAAGAUUGCAAUGAUAGGAACAAUGGUAAUGGUGUUGGUAUUGGUAUAGGUAUAGGAGGUGAUGAACCUAGCCCUGGAUCCGGAGGUGGUGGAGGUGGACUUGGUGGUGGCGGUGGAAGAGGAGGAGGAUGUGCAGGAGGCGGUGGCGGAGGUGGAUGA